AUGCAUACAGCACAAAAACGGUAUUGUACUCAGAAUCAGCCGACAACAGUUACAACUGAUUCUUCUAUUAAUCAAAUGGAAAAUGAAGAUUGGAAUAGAUUUCUGGAAAAUGACUUUACUAAAUUUAUGGGGAUUACUUCUCAGCAAAAUUAUCCAUUUAACGAUCAAUCUACUAUAUAUAAUUCAAAUGAUACCAGUACUACUUCUACUAUUAUUAAUAAUAACAAUAUUCCUACCACAUAUAAAAUGAAUGAUAAUAAUAAAAAUGGCAGUGUAAUUAAAAAUAUUUUGGGACAUGUCAAGGAGUUGCAGAAAAAUUAUUGUAAUGACAAUGAUAGAGAAAUUACUCCCAAUUGUGAUUGCCUAGAUAAUGAUCUAUCAUGGACAAAGGAUGUUUUCAAUUCAAACAAUUAUGGCACUGGCUCUUUUGCUCUGACAAGUGGAUUUAUCAAUGAUACUAAAAUGCAAAAUAAUCAUUCCGUUAGUAAUGAAUUCAUUUUCGUUGAAGAAUAUCAACAAUCUAACCUAUAUGAUCAACAUUUUAAUUCUUCACCUGCACAAUUAUGUUCACAAACUGAUUAUUCUGUAAUGAGAACUUUGGAUUAUCCUUAUAUUGUUAAUAAUGAAUAUCCACAUUAUCUUAGUGAACACAUUCAAUCAAGUGACACAGAGUAUUCAAAUUAUCACAAUAAUGUUCAUAUGGAUUUAAAAUCAAAUGUCUCUGAUUUUACAGAUACUAGUAUUGCUAGUGAUCCGGAUAAUCAGAAUAGAAGCGAAUCAAAAGCAAAGUCAUCAAUCAUGUUUUUAAAUGACCACUUAUGUGAGACACAAGCAGCAACUAUAGAAAAUUUAAAGUCAUGUAAUCGUUUAAGGCAGUCAGAUUCCUUUGAGGAUGGAUGGCUUGAUGGUCAAAACAGUAUACAUCAUUGUGCUAACUGGUCAGUUGAUUGGACAAAUAAUACUGAGUCAAGUAGUAGACCAAAUUAUCAUUCAUCUAAUUCAAAGCAUAUUCCGAUAAACUUUGACAGUUUCCGAUGUUUAGGCGCCACUUCCUAUAUCGAUGCUAGAAGUUCAAACUGUAAAAAGGACUGUCUAGCUACAAAGAACAGUGAAUCGGUUGAUCAUUCACAUAAAGGAGCGCCAAACCUAUCUAGUAAUCACCAAUUUGAUUCAAGACCCAAACUGUGUAACGAGUUUGGUAGUUCUUUAUCUCCACAAUCAGAGUCAACGAAACUAUGCAAUGUUAUAUCUAAUACUGGUUCAGGAGUACCUAUUCCUAACGCUUUCAACUUGUCGAGUGGUGCAUACUUUUGGCUAUAUAACUCCCAGUGCAAAGGUCCAAAAGCCUCUCCAUUAAUAAGCUUAACAAACACCAUGAUUUUGAAUAAUUCGGGUGAAGAUGAUCAAUCAAGUUUGACAGAAAAUUGUCCUUCAAGUGUCUAUCAAGACGAUUUCGUCUCUUCUAGUGCUUCUUCUCGUGCUAUUAAUCCAAUAAUACAUUAUCCUAUAUCCCCAUUAUCCUUGCCAGGAUACCCAUUUGUCGUUUUUGAAGAUCCUGUUCAAAGAAGAUAUGACCUAGUUCACUGCUCGAAACUGCGUCGAGGUGAUGGUAAUGAUGUAACUCCAAAUUUAAUGCGUUUACGUUCUAUGGGAGAAGAACUUGCUCACUUGAAUAAAAAUAUUACAGCUCAAGGUGAGUUGAUUGCAGCCGGUACAAGUUCAGUGCUUGAUCAGUCCGAUAAUAAUGUGGACUUUAAGAUCAUUCAGGAUUUUUCUGGGAGUAUCUUCAAUUACAAAAUAGUUGAACAGGCGAAACGCGAAAAAAACAAGUUGGCUAGCAAAAUUUGUCGUCUUAAAAAGAAGGCGUUUCAUGAAGCCAAUAAAAUAAAAUAUCUUGGAUUGGAGAUUGAAUAUAAUGAAUUGGCGUCAGUUAUAGUAAAAAUAAAAGAAUUGAUUACAAAAGCUCUAAGAAAUAAUUUACCACCAGAAAAUUUCCAUUAUGAUUUAGCGAGUCAGCAACACUUUUACAUGUCUGAAAAUCAAUUAAAUAAGGUGGACUUAUCAUCAACAUCAUGUCACGCUGGAUCGAUAUCGUUAGCACAAUCCACCGUCAAACUUUUUCCAAAUAUUUCGGGAUCAGUAUUCAAACAAGCUUUAUUAUUCUAUGAAACAACACAUGUUACCCGGACGGCUGAAAGAAUGGAUAUAUUAGUCGAUGAAGUCAUCCAAAAUUAUUCAUUUCCCUGUUCUUUAUCUUCUGGUAGAACUGACUUAUUUGAACAUGAUAAUCAAUCUCUUACAUCAAAUAGAAAAUACUAUACUCCUUUACUGCAAGCUUUGACAAAUUCAAACAUGUAUUGCAACAAUCACGAUGAGGAUAAGUCACCGGAUAGUAGAAAUUCAAAUGUUAUCUUUCAUGAAGCACCAGAAAUAAACAAAGCAAACGAUAUUCAACAAGAUACAAAAAAACAACAAUGUCCAUCAACAUCUAAAUUAAAUUAUCCAAGACCACCACCAGAAUUCAAACUAAUUUAUGAAUGAAAAAAAUCACAGACAUCAAAGAAACUACUGACUAACGAAGUAAUUCUCAAUCAUUCCCUUCUAGCUUUACAACUAAACCUGUUUACUAAGAUGAGUUAAACUUAUACCUUGAACUAACCAAACUGAAGUUUUUUUUGUUCUUUUUUAUUCUUAAAUAAAUAUUUGUUUUAUUGUAUGCAAGUAUAGCUAAACCCCAGUAAAAAUCUGUGAUAAUAAAUGUGUUCUUUUGUUUUGAAUAUAAUAGAUAAUCUAUUGUUCAUUCCAUGCAUACUUAUUCCAUUCUAUGUUUAUAUUUAAUUUUAUAUUGUUGUUCUGUAAUGUUCAUCUUUCAAUAUUACUUCACAUGUUAUCAUUCUAUAUUUUAUACGCCUAUCCAAUAUACAUGCAAACACUCAUACACCACAUUAAAUGUUGAAUAUUUUCAUUUGAUAAUCAUUAUACUACUAUCAAUAAUUAUGCAA